GCGCAUGCGCGUAUGAGUUGACAGUGCCAUGUUGAUCUUGUGAACUCAGACCAUCUUCCAUUUGGACUAUUCUGCUUUACCUAUAACCUUUUGAGACGUUCAUUAAUAAUCUGGGUGAAGGAAAAUCAGGAAACCAUGGCAAGCUUCUCUUACAUCAUCUCCAAUCUCUUGGAGAAGAUGACCUCCAGUGAUAAGGAUUUUCGGUUUAUGGCAACUAAUGAUCUGAUGACUGAGCUUCAGAAAGACUCCAUCAAGCUUGAUGAUGACAGUGAGAAAAAGGUGGUGAGGAUGCUCUUGAAGUUGUUGGAAGAUAAGAAUGGAGAAGUCCAGAACCUGGCUGUCAAAUGUUUGGGUCCAUUGGUGUCAAAGGUCAAGGAGUACCAAGUGGAGACGAUUGUGGAUACACUGUGUAACAAUAUGCUCUCAGAUAAAGAACAACUGAGAGAUAUUUCCAGCAUUGGUCUGAAAACAGUCAUCAAUGAACUGCCACCUGCUUCCAGUCCUUUGGCAGCUAACAUAUGUAAGAGCAUCACUGGCAGGCUAACCAAUGCUAUUGCCAUGCAAGAGGAUGUGUCAGUCAAAUUGGAAGCCCUAGACAUCUUGGGUGAUCUUCUCAGCAGAUUUGGAGGUCUGUUGGUGAGUUUCCAUCCAUCAAUCCAAUCCUCCCUACUUCCUCAGCUUGCUAGUCCAAGGAUGGCUGUCAGAAAACGAACAAUCAUUGCUAUCGGUCACUUGGUCAUGAGUAGCAGCAUCAAGCUUUUCUCUGAUUUGAUGGACUACCUGCUGAGUGAAUUGAGUGCUAACAAGAGCUCUUCUACUACAAGGACAUAUGUACAGUGCAUCGGAGCAAUCAGCCGUCAAGCUGGUCAUCGUGUUGGAGAACAUUUGGAGAGGAUCAUUCCCCUGAUCGUCAAGUUCUGCAAGGUUGAUGAGGAUGAUGAACUCAGAGAAUAUUGCAUUCAGGCUUUUGAAUCUUUUGUUAGACGGUGUCCCAAAGAAGUGUCAUCUCAUGUUUCAACUAUUGUAGACCUUUGUCUCCAGUACAUCUGUUAUGAUCCCAACUACAAUUAUGAAGAUGAUGAUGAGGAGGAAGAUGCUAUGGAUACCGAAGGAGAAGAAGAUGGUGAGAGUGAUGAUGAGUACAGUGAUGACGAUGACAUGAGCUGGAAAGUAAGGAGGGCAUCGGCGAAGUGUUUGGAUGCUGUGAUUGGAUCUCGACACGAGAUGUUGACAGAGUUCUACAGCACAGUGUCACCUGCACUUGUCGCAAGAUUCAAAGAGCGUGAGGAGAAUGUAAAGGCUGAUAUCUUCCAUGCAUACAUCACCCUGCUUCGUCAGACUAAACCAAUCAACACAGGCUGCUUUGAUCCUGAUGCUAUGGAGGAAGAAGAAGGACCGAUAGCCAUCUUGAGACAGCAGGUGCCAAACAUAGUGAAAGCCCUUUACAAACAGAUGAAGGAAAAGAGUAUCAAGACAAGACAAGGCUGCCUCAAUCUCUUGACAGAGCUCAUCAACGUCUCGCCUGGCGCCCUCACAGCUCAUAUCCCAUCACUUGUACCAGGGAUUGAGUUCUCUCUGGUUGACAAGAACAGUAGUUCCAACAUGAAGAUUGAUGCCUUGGCUUUCCUCAACUGUCUUCUGCUCAACCACAGUCCAGAAGCUUUCCAUGAUCACAUAUCAGUCAUCGUUCCACCUGUUGUAGCAGCAGCUGGUGAUCCGUUCUAUAAAAUCACAUCAGAGGCUCUCUUGGUUACUCAGACGCUAGUGAAGGUUAUUAGACCACUGGAGAAAGACAAUGGUUUUGACUUCACACCGUUUGUCCUUGACCUGUACGGCUGCACACUGACUCGUCUUAAGGCAGCAGACAUUGACCAAGAGGUCAAGGAAAGGGCAAUCUCAUGCAUGGGGCAGAUCAUCUGUAAUCUUGGUGAUCAUCUGAAGUCUGAGUUGUCAACUUGCUUGCCGAUAUUCUUAGACCGUCUACGGAAUGAAAUCACCAGGUUGACCACGGUCAAAGCGCUUACUCUUAUAGCCAGCUCACCCCUUGAAGUUGAUCUUUCUCCCAUAUUGGGGCAAGGUGUACCAAUCUUGGCAUCCUUCCUGCGUAAAAAUCACAGAGCUCUCAAAUUGGCAACCCUCUCGUCUCUCAACAUACUCAUCAGAAAUUAUGGUCCCUCUCUGACCAGUACAAUGAUGGAUGGGAUCAUGACAGAGCUCCCUCCGCUCAUCAAUGAGAGUGACCUUCACAUCUCACAGUUGACCCUUAACCUCUUGACCUCUCUGUGCGAGAUCCACCCGUCUAGUAUGUCAAAGAUCUACGACCACAUCCUCGUUGAGAUCCUUGUUCUGGUCAGGUCUCCGCUUCUUCAAGGUGGUGCCCUCAAUGCCAUGUUAGAUUUCUUUAAGGCUCUAGUCUUGACCAAGACCGCUAAGAUGGGAUUCCAAGAUCUCCUAGGACUACUGACUGCUCCUGUCUACAGCCCCACGGAGGCUACCCAACCAUCUAGCACACCCUACGCAGUUCACAAACAGGCUUUCCAUUCAAUUGCAAAGUGUGUUGCCGUUUUAACGAUUUCCUGUGCAAACCAAGGAUCAGCGGUUGUUGUUCAGUUUGUAAAUGAUAUAAAGAAUUCUGAAUCAACCGAUUCUAUCAGAUUGUUUGCUUUACUGGCCCUUGGAGAGAUUGGAAAACAUGUAGAUUUGAGUGGUCAAGCUGAGCUUCAGAAGGUCAUUGUAGAAUCUUUCUCAUCGCCUUGUGAAGAGGUCAAAUCGGCUGCUUCGUAUGCCCUUGGUAAUGUUAGUGUAGGCAACCUUCCCAAGUACCUUCCAUUUGUUCUACAUGAAAUAGAGACGCAGCAGAAAAGACAGUACCUCCUACUACACUCUCUUAAGGAGAUCAUCUCAUGUCAAAGUAGUUCACAGGCCGGUGUUGAUGGUCUGAAACCAUUUGUUGAAACAAUCUGGUCAAUGUUAUUCCAUCAUUGUGAAUGCCCGGAGGAAGGAACAAGAAAUGUAGUUUCAGAGUGUUUGGGAAAGCUUACCCUCAUAAAUCCCGAGCAGCUGCUACCAAUGUUAAAGAAAAAUUUGAAAUCUGAUUCAGCUUACACAAGGAAUACUGUAAUCACAGCGGUCAAGUUCACAAUCUCAGAUCAGCCUCAAGCCAUAGACCCGUUGCUGAAGGCAUGCAUCGCAGAGUUCUUACAAACCAUGCAGGAUCCCGAUCUUAACGUCAGACGGGUGUCUCUGGUUACCUUCAAUUCAGCAGCACACAACAAACCAACACUCAUAAGAGAUCUACUAGAAACAAUCCUACCACAUCUCUACAAUGAAACAAAAGUCAAGAAAGAGCUGAUCCGAGAGGUAGAGAUGGGUCCCUUCAAACACACGGUAGAUGACGGCUUAGAUACAAGAAAGGCUGCAUUUGAAUGUAUGUACACAUUACUAGAAUCAUGUCUGGACAGACUGGAUAUCUUUGAGUUUCUCAAUCACUUAGAAGAUGGACUCAAGGAUCACUAUGAUGUCAAGAUGCUGACAUACUUGAUGCUUGUCAGAUUGUCAACGCUUAGCCCACAUGCAAUCUUACAGAGGCUAGACAGACUAAUCGAACCACUGAGAACAACAUGUACCACCAAGGUUAAAGCUAACUCAGUUAAGCAGGAGUUUGAGAAACAGGAUGAGUUGAAACGAUCAGCCAUGAGGGUUGUAGCAGCUUUACAGGCUGUUCCAGAUAGUGACAAGAACAUGCUUCUGACCGAGUUCCUGAUGCAGAUCCGCUCCAGUCCUGAGAUGGCUACCAUGUUUGACAGUAUCCAGAAAGAUUCAACUCUCAGUAGCAGCGAUUCACUCAUGGAUACCAGUUAGAUGUCAUUUAUAUUUCACUUCUAUCAAUUUGUAGAAUCUAUUGAUCCAGGUUUUCUUAUUCAUAGACAUACAGAUACUCCUCUUUAUUGUUUGCCUUAAAUCAUUUUGGAUACCACGCAUGGGUGUAAUUUGUUUUAUUAUUUUAUCGGCUGGACAUUACUAGAAACUCUUAUCCUAUUCAAUGUUGUGAGAAAGCUCUUUUUGCUAUUUUUCAUGUCACUAUCCUUGAGACCUCAUUGUUAAAAAC